AUGGCAGACGAAAUUGAUUUCACCACUGGAGACGCAGGGGCUUCCAGCACUUAUCCUAUGCAGUGCUCAGCCCUGCGCAAAAACGGCUUCGUGGUGCUCAAAGGGCGACCAUGCAAAAUCGUGGAGAUGUCAACUUCCAAGACUGGGAAGCAUGGUCAUGCCAAGGUACACCUUGUUGGAAUUGACAUUUUCACUGGCAAAAAAUAUGAAGAUAUUUGCCCUUCUACUCACAACAUGGAUGUUCCAAAUAUUAAGAGAAAUGAUUAUCAACUCAUAUGCAUUCAGGAUGGCUACCUUUCCCUGCUGACAGAAACUGGUGAAGUCCGGGAGGAUCUUAAGCUGCCAGAAGGUGAACUGGGCAAAGAAAUAGAAGGGAAAUAUAAUGCAGGUGAAGAUGUACAGGUGUCUGUCAUGUGCGCCAUGAGUGAAGAAUAUGCUGUAGCCAUAAAGCCCUGCAAAUAGGCAGGACCAUUGGCACAAGCAAGUCUACUG